AGAGAGAUGGCAUGGAAGUCGCCGCCAUGUGGCUGGAGGUGGCUGUUCUUGGUGUUCUUCCUUUGCUUGCUUGUUGCUGAGGUCGUCCAUGGCGCAGGAGCUGAAGCAGCUGCUCCUCCUAGGGUCUUUCCAACUGAAGUUCGUGUUCUUCGCCGGAUCGCGGCCAAGCUCGGCGUGUCGCAUUGGGACUUCGCCGCCGACCCGUGUGGCUCCGGCGGCGUGGAAUGCGACUGCUCCUUCUCCAAUCGUACCGUCUGCCAUGUCAUUAGCAUAUUGCUGAUGGGACAGAACUUCUCCGGCGAGCUCCCGCCGGACUUUGCCUACUUCCCCUAUCUUCUCCAGCUAGAUCUAAGCAGGAGCUUGUUUCAUGGUGGAGUGCCUCACCAGUGGGCCCGGAUGAAGUUACAAGGACUGUCACUGAUGGGAAACAAAUUGUCAGGGCCUUUCCCCAUGGAGCUUACAAAGAUCACAACCCUGACUAACCUGAGCAUUGAAGGGAACGAGUUCCUUGGGCCAAUCCCUCCUGAAAUUGGACAUCUCACUCAAAUGGAGAAGCUAAUAUUAUCAACCAAUGAGUUCACUGGACCCCUUCCAGCUGCUCUUUCCUUGUUGACUAAUUUAACUGACUUGAGGAUUUCUGGCAACAAUUUAUCCGGAAGACUGCCUGAUUUUUGGGGGAAAUUGGCAAAGCUCGAAAAAUUGCAAAUCGAAGGAUCUUUGUUGGAAGGGCCUAUUCCCUCGAGCCUAUCUGAAUUGACAAACCUUUAUGAUCUGAGGUUUAGUGAUCUUAGAGGUACUGGAUCAGCUUUCCCGGAUUUAAGUAGAAUGCAAUCCAUGAAAACAAUGGUACUAAGGAACUGUUCAAUCAGUGGAAGUAUCCCAUCUUACAUUGGGACAUUGACAAAUCUUAAGCAUCUGGACCUGAGCUUUAAUAAACUGAGUGGAGAAAUACCAGCUUCUUUUGCUAACAUGGAAAAGGUAGAUUACAUAUAUCUAACUGGAAAUUCACUCUCUGGGAACAUACCUGGAUGGUUAUUGAGAAGAAACAAAAUUGCGGAUAUAUCUUUUAAUAACUUCACAUUGGGGAGUUCAGGUCCUAGCCAAUGCAAUCAAGGGAGCGUCAAUCUUGUGGAGAGCUAUUCGCCUGAAAUGAACAGUCUAAAUAGUGUUCAGCCAUGCUUGAAGAGGGAUUUCCCAUGUGUUGCUUCUCAUGGACAAUAUCGGUCUUCCUUGCAUAUCAAUUGUGGUGACAAAGAAGCAACUGUUAAUGGAAUUAAAUACGAAGCUGACAUGACACCAAAAGGUGCUGCAGUGCUGUAUGUAAGCCCAGGAUCGAACUGGGCAUUCAGCAGCAAUGGAAACUUCAUGGACAACAACAUCAAUGAUGACAACUACAUUGCAGCAAGUGCAUCAAAAUUGACCAUGGUUAACUCAGAGCUGUAUGCCAAAGCCCGUCUUUCUCCUCUUUCGCUCACAUAUUAUGGGCUUUGUAUGUUCAGUGGGAGCUACACGGUUAAGCUCCACUUUGCUGAAAUUGUAUACACAAAUGACAGCACAUACUAUAGCCUUGGCAAAAGAAGAUUUAACGUGUUCAUACAGGGAAGAAUGGUUCUAGAGGAUUUUGAUAUCGAACGAUCUGCUGGUGGGGUUGGAAAGCCAAUUGUAAAGAUUUUUCAAACAUAUGUAACAAAUCAUACAUUAGAGAUUCAGUUCUAUUGGGCAGGAAGAGGGACAACAGGCAUUCCAAAUAGAGGAUAUUAUGGUCCCCUGGUAUCUGCAAUAUCAGUAAUUCCAAACUUUCAGCUUCCAUUGGCUGUUGAACCUCCCCAAACUGGCAGUAGCAGGAAGACUCCGGGGGUGUCUUUAUCUGAAGCGUUCAUGAUUGGAAUCUCAAUUAUAGCAAUAUUCACUGCACUGAUUGUUGGCAUUUGUUGGAUUAAGCAGCUGCGAAAGAGCUCAACAAAUAAAGAUCUCAGAGCCCUUGACCUGCAAAUUGGCUCCUUUACCUUGCGACAACUUAAAGCAGCUACUGGGAACUUCGAUGCGGCUAACAAGAUUGGCGAAGGUGGUUUUGGUUCAGUUUACAAGGGUUUAUUGUCCGAUGGAACCAUCAUUGCUGUCAAGCAGUUAUCAUCAAGGUCCAGACAAGGGAAUCGUGAAUUUGUGACUGAGAUAGGCAUGAUAUCUGCACUCCAGCAUCCAAACCUUGUCAAGCUUUACGGCUGCUGUACAGAAGGAAACCAACUGUUGCUAGUCUACGAGUAUAUGGAAAACAAUUGCCUUGCACGUGCUCUUUUUGUUGAACAAUAUAAACUGAGGUUGGACUGGGCAACAAGACGUAAGAUUUGCCUUGGGAUAGCAAGAGGUCUAGCAUAUCUUCACGAGGAGUCCGCAAUAAAGAUCGUGCACCGAGAUAUCAAGGCCAGCAAUAUACUGCUUGACAAAGAUUUGAAUGCCAAGAUCUCAGAUUUUGGGCUAGCAAAGCUUAGUGAAGAUGAUCACACCCACAUAAGCACAAAAGUAGCCGGAACUAUCGGAUACAUGGCGCCUGAGUAUGCUAUGCGUGGUUAUUUAACAGACAAAGCUGACGUUUAUAGUUUUGGGGUUGUUGCUUUGGAAAUCGUCAGUGGGAAAAGCAACACAAACUACAGGCCAAAGGAAGAUUUUGUUUAUCUUCUUGAUUGGGCUUGCCUUCUACACGAGAGGGGAACUCUCUUGGAACUGGUAGAUCCAGAUCUAGGAUCCAAUUACUCAACAGAAGAGGCUCUCCUGAUGCUGAAUGUUGCCCUGCUAUGCACCACUGCAGCACCUACACUCAGACCAAAGAUCUCCAAAGUUGUUAGCCUGCUUGAGGGCCACACCCCCCUUAAGCCCUUGCUUUCAGAACUCAGCCUUGCUGCAAAUAGCCUGAGCUCAAGUGGUUUACGCAGGAACUUCUGGCAAAACCCAAGUGAGAGCCAGAGCCUGACAGCACAAGCAUCAUGCAACAACACUAAUGAGUCAUCAACUCUAGACAUUGAUGGUAGCCUGAGAACUUUUGUGAGCUAAAUGUAGUACAUGCGCUUCAUGAACUAAGCGUACAUGUAAGAACUACUAGGGAUAGACCAGUGUAUCUAUCAAUAGUGCAGUUUAAAUAACAAGUAACAUACUAAUGUCAAAUCCUGGUAAGCCAUGAGCAUUUAAGUACUCUUUGCUUCA